AAAACAAUCUGUUACUGUUACACCCAUCCACCAUCUCAAACCACGAGUGAAUGAAGAAAAGACAACACCGCAACACUGUCCCUUUAAUCGCCAUGACGCAGCGAAAGAGGGUGUGUGGGAUAGAGGCGAGGUUGUGGUUUCUCUUGAGCAUGUGGGACUAACUGACCUUCAUUGCAGCAAUACGUGUGUCCUGAAGGAGUCACUAUUGCAGCCUUUCCAUUCGCCUGCUGUCCCCACCUUUACCUGCGCAACCACCAGGAAAUCCUUCUUCUUUCUUAGAACAGAAAGAGAGAAGGAGAAGGAGACUCAGAGAUGGCAUCCGAGAGUUCAGUCACGUAUUUUGGCGAGGAAGUCCAGUCUGAAGUUUUAGAACUGAAACCGUCCGCACCUCUCCUGUCAGAGCUGAGGAUUGUGCUCCUGGGGUGGAGGUGGCCUGGGAAGAGUUUGACAGGGAACACGAUCCUGGGCAGGGAGGAGUUUCAUGUCGAGAGGGCAGCGGAGAUCUGCGUAAAGAGAGAGGCAGAGGUGGCCCAGAGACAAGUCGUCGUCGUGGACACGCCCGGGUGGUAUACAGAGCUGACCACUCCCGCGGCUUUCAAAGAGGAAAUUGUGCGCAGCGUGUCUCUGUGCCCCCCAGGACCCCAUGCUUUCCUGCUGGUGAUUCCCACCGGGAUGUUCACCGAGAGCGACAGGACGACCGUGGAGGAACUUCUGCGGCUCCUCGGCGAUCAGGUCUGGAGGCACAUGAUUGUGGUCUUCACGUGGGGCAAUAUACUGAGGAAGAGGACCAUCGAGAAGCACAUUCAGGUGGAAGGGAAGGCACUCCAGUGGCUGGUGGAGAGCUGCAAGAACAGACAUCAUGUUCUCAACAACGACUACUUGAGGGAUAACAAGCAGGUCGUCAAGCUCUUGGAGAAGAUAGAGGACAUGGUGGCAGUCGAAGGUUGCUAUUCCAGCACGGUUGAGGAAAAGGGCUUGCCCAGCGAGAAAGAAGGAGAACAUGGACCCAGCGCAAUUGUCCUGGAGUAAGAGAGCGUGAAAAGUCACAAAUAAUUCAUGGGCAGAAGAGGUGAGGAUCUAGACUGGCCGUUGAGGGCGUUAUCAUUCCGUUCUGAAACCGACCCCUCAUUAGAUGAAUUACUCAAGCCGCACCAAUGAAAAAAGUCUUAAAGAAGAAAAUACAUCGCAUCAUCUGAGUAUUAGAACAUUCCCUGCUAGCAAGCAACAGUUGUGGGCCUUCUGUAAUGAAAACCUUGAAGGAAAGAUGAUUUAAAUUAAUCUUAUAUGUAGUUACCUGGUGUUUCUCACACCUUGAUUUAGGAUAUACAGUAAUGGUGUUGAACUAUUAGGUCAGCCUCUCUGCUUGUAUGCUAUGAAUGAAUAUUAGUGCUUAUAACUGUGAAUUCCUUCCCAGUAUCUGUAAAGGGGCAUAUUGCUGAGGAGUUAGCAGAUUGCCUAUGUGUUAUAAUUGCUUUUUUCUGGAGUGUAGAGUUGAAAGGACAAUCGAGGUUUGUUUCCGAUCAGCUAUGACAGUGACCUCAAAGGCCACCUUCACACUAAUGGUCGCUGUAAUAAUAACAACUCAUCAAGUCCUUCUGUGACAAUAAUUAGGAUUUGUACUUUUCCAUGUACAUAUUAUGCAUAUGUUGCAAAACAGGAUAGCACUCCUUUUCCAUAGUUGAAUGACCUAAUUAGAUGAGUGAAAGGCUAAUAUAUAAAUUAAUCGAGUUACCUAAUAUUUUUAUGAUCAAAGCUGUAGUCAAAAUACAGUAGAUAUAAUGUACAUUCUGAGUAAGACACUGUUCUUAGUUUAUUGUAUUUAACUUAUUUAAGAUGGCAAAGAAACACUAGAGGAAGGAUUCAGAAAUUGUAAGAUAAGUCUUAAUGAUGAGGCUUUUUUAUCAUAGUUUUUAUCAUUAAACUGUUAUAAGAGAGAAACUGUUGGUACUUUACCUUACAUGCAGUUGUUGUUUUCAGUUUUAUGUGAGCAGUUUCAAUAUGGCCACUUAUCUGUUGUAGGGAUUGUUUCCUUUAGCUCAAAACAGCCACUUGAAACAAAUCUGAUCAUAGCCUGUUUGUUCAAAUUUUGUAUAAGGAAACAAGGCUUUGUGGUGGCCAGUUUUAAUAUUAAACAAGUAAAGCAAAGCUUUGUAAAUGGAUGUGCCUCACACUUACAGUACUUGACCCAAGACUUACUUAUACCUGGUUCUACUCCCAGUCGUGGACAUUUUUAAUCGGGACCUGUUACGCUUUGCCAGCCCUGAAAAAUCAAAUAGUUUGGUGAACUUUGUGUGUUGAAUUUGUAGUAGUAUUUAUUUUCAGUUAAUGUACCACACUAAACACUGAUAUUUCUUACAA